UCAUAGACGCCGAGCUACAGCUCUCACGUUAUAAAUGAAACUGAAACAUGAGUUAGAGCCGAGAGAAUGAGAGAACAACUAUCGGGAAAAUUUUCAACAUUACAUUGGACCCGCCAGUCCUUUCGUUUUUAUAUCUGUUUUCUCGUUUUUACAGGUGUUUUAUAACAAAUAAUAUGGCUACGUCCUCCAGCGCAGAACUGAGUAAGGCUGUCAAACAGCAGUACAUGGACCUCCCUCAGGGAGACAAAGUCCAAAUCAUGUAUGUCUGGAUCGAUGGAACCGGAGAGGGACUCCGCUGUAAGACCAGAACGCUGGAUUCGGAGCCCAAGUGCAUCGAAGAACUGCCUGAAUGGAACUUUGAUGGCUCUAGCACCUACCAGUCUGAGGGCUCAAACAGUGAUAUGUAUUUGAUUCCUUCUGCAAUGUUCAGAGAUCCUUUCCGCAAAGACCCCAACAAACUGGUCCUGUGUGAAGUGCUGAAGUACAACCGCAAACCUGCAGAAACCAACCUUCGUUUGACGUGUAAUAAAGUUAUGGACAUGGUUGAGAACCAGGUCCCUUGGUUUGGCAUGGAGCAAGAGUACACCAUUUUGGGCACUGAUGGACACCCAUUUGGUUGGCCCAACAAUGGCUUCCCUGGCCCACAAGGUCCCUAUUACUGUGGAGUGGGAUCUGACAAGGCCUACGGUAGAGAUAUUGUGGAAGCCCACUACAGAGCCUGCCUGUAUGCUGGGGUCAUGAUCUGUGGAACCAAUGCUGAAGUCAUGCCUGCACAGUGGGAGUUCCAGGUUGGCCCUUGUGAAGGCAUCAACAUGGGUGAUCACCUUUGGGCAGCUAGGUUCAUUCUCCACCGGGUGUGUGAGGACUUUGGUGUGGUGGCCUCAUUUGACCCCAAGCCCAUCCCUGGAAACUGGAACGGCGCUGGAUGCCACACCAAUUUCAGCACAAAAGAGAUGAGGGAAGAGGGUGGGUUGAAGGCCAUUGAGGAGUCCAUUGAAAGGCUGGGGAAGAGGCAUACCUACCACAUCCGUGCCUAUGACCCUAAAGGGGGACUUGACAAUGCCCGUCGCCUUACCGGCCACCAUGAAACCUCCAACAUCCACGAGUUCUCUGCCGGUGUGGCCAACCGCGGUGCCAGCAUCCGCAUCCCUCGCACUGUGGGCCAGGAGAAGAAAGGCUACUUCGAGGACCGCCGCCCAUCUGCCAACUGUGACCCGUACGCCGUGACUGAGGCUAUAAUCCGCACCUGUUUGCUUAGUGAGGAAGGAGAUGAACCUGUGAACUACUAGAUCUAACUAGUCACACCUCUGGACUGAAUCCCCUUCGCCACCACCCUUCUCCAUUUUCUAAAUGGCUGAGAAGUCGAACUAGUACUGUAUUUGUUGUAAUUUUUCACUGAAAUUAUUCUAACCUUCUAAAUGGCUUAAAGUUGGCUGGUCAACUUAACAUGGAAUUAAAUCUGUUUAACAAAAAAAAACAUUUAAUGAAAGCUGGUGGCUGACAGGGCAUUGUCUUCCCCUUUUGAGUCUUCUAGUGGGGAGUAUAACUGUUUUUAAAUCCCCAUUUGCUCUCGUGUUUCCUGCAGUCUGUUGAACUGAAAUAAACUAAAGCACAUGUGGACACUGACGACUAUGGCUGGGCGGCAUGUGUAAUUGUCUUAAUAAAACCUAUGGCUAGUUUGUGUACUUUA